UAAACCCUAACAGAGAAUAUAUAUAUAUAUAUACAUACUUACAAACACAAAGGAAAAUGAGUUUAAUGUUCAUUGACUCUGUCAUCUUCGCAUGUAUUGUUCUUUUGAUCCUCCAGUGUCGCCGGAAAACCGGAUCCCGGCGGCUUCCGCCGGGGCCAAAACCACUCCCGGUGAUCGGAAACCUCCAUCUCCUCGGUGACAAACCACACGUGUCACUCACAAAGCUCUCCAAGGCGUACGGACCACUCAUGAGCCUCAAACUCGGCCAAGUCACCGCCAUUGUCUUAUCUUCCUCGGAGAUGGCCAAAGAAAUACUUCAAACGCACGACCGCGUUUUCUCCAGCCGCGCGGUUCCAGACGCAGUCGCGGCACUCAACCUCAACGUGCACGAGAUGACGUGGCUCGAGGUAUCGGACAAGUGGAGGAACUUGAGGAAGAUUGGCAACAAAUACAUAGUUAGCACCGCCAAGCUCGAGGCGGGACAAGACUUGCGGCGCAAGAAAGUCCAAGAUCUGCUCCAAGAAGUCGGGAAAUGCUGUCAGGACGGCAAGGCCGUGGAUAUAGCACAAGCCUCGUUUAGGACAACCCUUAAUCUGUUGUCGAACACCUUUUUCUCGAUGGAUUUAGCCGAUACGUCUUCGGAGAACGCGAGAGAGUUCAGAGACGUGGUGAAAGCUAUCAUGGACGUCGUCGGGAAACCGAACCUGUCGGACCAUUUCCCUGUCCUGAGAUUUCUUGACCCGCAAGGCAUAAGGCGGCAAACCGGUGUUCUUUGUAAGAAGUUGCUCGAUAUCUUCGACAGAAUCUCAGAUGAACGGCUGAGAUCGAGGAGAAAGACAGAUCAAUCGAGCACGAAGAGUGACGUUUUGGACACUCUUUUGGAUAUUGCGGAAGAUAAGAACGUUGACUUUGACUUAGAUGCGAUCCGAUAUCUUUUCUUGGAGCUAUUUACGGCGGGAAACGAUACGACGUCGUCCACGUUGGAGUGGGCGAUGACGGAAUUGCUUCGGAAUCCAAAGGCAAUGUCAAGAGCUCGUGAAGAGCUGAGAGAGAACAUCGGAGUGGGGAAUACGGUGGAGGAAUCUGAUACUUCGCGCCUACCCUAUCUCCAUGCCAUCAUCAAAGAGACUUUCCGGUUACAUCCUCCGGCUCCGUUUCUCAUACCAAGAAAAUCUGGUUCGGAUGUCGAGAUCAACGGGUUUGUCAUCCCAAAGGGUGCAACGAUUCUGAUAAACGCGUGGGCGAUUGGAAGAGAUCCAAAGAUAUGGGAGAAUCCAGAGGAGUUCAUGCCGGAGAGAUUCUUGGAUUCGGAUACCGACUUUAGAGGAAGCAAUUUCAGGCUGAUUCCAUUCGGCGGCGGCCGGAGAAUAUGUCCGGGAUUGCCAUUGGCAACAAGGAUGCUGCAUCUGAUGUUAGGCUCACUCAUACAUUCAUUUGAAUGGGAGGUUGAAGAGAAAGAGUAUCUUGGUGUUGAAGAAGAUUUCGGUAUCACUUUGCACAAAGCUCGUGCCCUCAGAGCUUUACCGGUCCGGUUCACCUCAUGACCCGGUUUGGUUGGAUGGUUUCGAUCAUGGAGUCAGUGUAAUGUUUUUUUUUUUUCAAAGUCGUAGGAAGUUUGAAUAAGAAAAAAUUGGGUACGUCCCCAUGUGUACCGUCUGUCCAUUGUAUUAUAUUUUAUGUUUUUUAUUUGGCUUCUUUUCAUUA